AUUUUUCAGAGCGUUCCCCUGUGAUGCCUUGUGUGUCUGUGUGUGUUUGUUAAUGUGUGCAAGGAUUCUGAGAGUGUGUCUUAAUUCCAUCUCUGCUAACACCUCACUCCAUCCCUCGUCCCUAAUCCAGCCAGACUAUUAAAAGGUGCUGCACCUCCUCGGGGGGCUCCAGACAACAUCUUAUUUCCUCAGGAUACAGCCGUCCAUCCGUAUUUUUCCUCCUAAUUUCCACCUCCACUGCACCAAAAGACAUCCCAGCUGUGCUUUGCUCUGAGAGGCACAGGCUCUUUUGCCCAGGUCUCUGAGAGAAGAAAAGACAUCAUCAACAGACACAGCCAUGAAUGGCACAGAAGGACCCAACUUUUAUGUACCCAUGUCUAAUAAGACUGGGUUGGUGCGCAGCCCAUUUGAGCACCCUCAGUACUACCUAGCCGAGCCGUGGAAGUACUCUCUUCUGGCUGCAUACAUGCUGUUCCUCAUCAUCACUGCCUUCCCCAUUAACUUCCUCACCCUUCAUGUCACUGUCAAGCACAAAAAGCUGAGAACCCCGCUCAACUACGUCCUGCUCAACCUGGCGGUGGCCGACCUCUUGAUGAUAAUUGGAGGAUUCACGGUGACCCUGUACACGGCUCUGCACGGAUACUUCAUCCUCGGUGUCAGUGGCUGCAACAUUGAGGGAUUCUUUGCCACCUUAGGAGGGGAGAUUGGCCUCUGGUCUCUGGUAGUUUUGGCAGUUGAGCGCUAUGUUGUGGUCUGUAAGCCAAUGACAAACUUUCGCUUUGAGGAGAAACACGCCAUUGCUGGACUGGGGUUCUCCUGGGUCAUGGCCCUGACCUGUGCUGCUCCACCUCUGUUUGGAUGGUCGCGGUACAUCCCAGAGGGCAUGCAGUGUUCCUGUGGGAUUGACUACUACACGCCGAAGCCCGAGAUCAACAACACCUCAUUCGUCAUCUAUAUGUUCGUCCUCCACUUCUGCAUCCCCCUCUUCAUCAUUUUCUUCUGCUACAGUCGCCUGCUCUGCACUGUGCGAGCGGCUGCAGCUCAGCAGCAGGAGUCAGAGACCACCCAAAGAGCAGAGAAGGAGGUGACACGCAUGGUCAUAGUGAUGGUGAUCUCCUUCCUGGUGUGCUGGGUGCCCUACGCAACUGUGGCUUGGUACAUCUUUGCCAACCAGGGAAUUGAGUUUGGACCAGUAUUCAUGACAGCACCAGCCUUUUUUGCCAAAAGUGCUGCUCUGUAUAAUCCAGUCAUCUACAUUCUGCUAAACAGACAGUUCAGAAACUGCAUGAUCACCACCGUGUGCUGUGGAAAGAACCCAUUUGGUGACGAUGAGGCAGCCGCCGCAGUCUCCAAAACCCAGACUUCAUCCGUCUCCUCCAGCCAGGUGGCCCCCGCUUGACCCCUCACUUCCUCUUCUAUCUGCUCCAUCUGUUGCCGCUCACCAUGGGACCCAUCACCACCGAGCAGCGAUACGUUCCAUUGGCCGGUUCCUCCGGACUCACCUCCUCACUCUUCCUCACUGCAGUUGGCUCUUAGGCUGCAACUUCAGCGGGACAGACUGGAUCAAAGGCCAGCAUGUGCACUUUAAGCCUGUUUAAUUAUGAAAAGCGUUCAGCGGCCCUGGCUGAUUUUU